UUGGAGGCGUCAGCUGCUCCGAAUUUCGAUUUGAUGUGAAACGUGAUUGGACAAAUGGCAGGUACAGGGUUGUGAACGAUUGUAUGUAUACAGUUUACGAUACAGGGCUGGAUUACCACUGAUUUUGCCGCUUGAAUUGGACUAAAUUUAUCGUGUUAGAUUUUUUUUAAUUGAAUUCCAGCAACUAAUUUGAUGAAAUGGGCUUAUCCGAUUAUGAAACCGCCAUCGAAUCAUUCUUAAAAGAUAAAAAAGCGAUUACUUACAAAUUUUUGAGUGCCGAAUUCAAAAUUCACGUUAAUUAUGCAAAAGCUAUUCUAGAAGAAUAUUGGAAAAAACAUAAAGAAGAUCAGUCUCUCGAAGCAAGUUUUUUAUUAAUUGGACAAUUGUCAGACAAUUCUAUUCGUGUUGAGGUUGUAAGAGAAUCAAAUUUUGCGGAAGAGAAAGAGAAGUUUACAAAGGUUGAUUGUAAUCACUUGUACAGUCUACAAAAGUCAUUUCAAGAUUUAGAAUUGUUUGCUUUUUCUGGUGAUGACAAUUUGCAUUACAGUGCUAUAAAAUGUUAUGAAAAUAAUUUAAGAAGUGAUGAUGAAAUUGACAGUUUGCGCUAUAUUGGUAACUUAAAAAAAGAUGUGAAAACAGGUGAAUCAUGUGCUAAUAAAAAAGAUAAUAUUCCAGAAAAAUCAAAGAAAACUGAUACAAAACAAGUAUCACCUACGAAAGCAGUCAAAAAAAUUGAGCCUGCAGUAAAUGAGAAGAAAAUAUUAGAGAAAGAAAAAAUAAAAAAUACAGAAAUAAUAUCUGAAGAAAAAGGCAAUACGGAAAAGAAAGUUGUUUCUACUGAUUCAACCAAAGCUAAUAAAUUAACAAAGAAACCAGUACAGACUAAACAAUCUGGAUUCAAUAACCUAUUUGCAAAAGCUGGUAAUGUUAAAAACAAAGACUCUAGCAGUACAAGUGAAAAAAAGAAUUUGUUGGUAGAGAAGACCUCAAAACUAGAACAGCCUGAUCAAAGUUGUAGUAAACAAAAAUUAUCAACUGAAACAGAAGUAAAAGAUCACUCUGAUUCUAAAAAAGAAAAGAAUCCUACUACUAAUGAGCUUAAAAAGACAGAAAGCAAAAGUAAAUCUAAAGUUUCAACACAAGUUCAUUCUCGUGGCAAAAAACGUGAUCGCAGUCAAGACAAUCAUUCAUCAUCUAAGAGAAAAAGGAUUAUAAUAGCAGAAUCUAGCGAUGAAGAAUCAGAUAAAAGUGACAAAGAUGAACCCAUGGAAGAAGUACAGGAAGAACCAUCUGAACCAAUUAGAAAAAGAUCACCAUCGCCACCAGUUGAAAAACGUGAAAAUGGUAAACGUCUAGUGAGAAAAACAAAAGAUGAAAUUUUUAAAGAUGAAGAAGGAUUUUUAGUAACAAAAAGAGUUCAUGUUUAUGAAGCUGUGACUGAAAACGAGACUUCAGAAAAAGUCGAAAAAGAAAAACAUGUAGAAAAAAGUAAAAAACCAUCGUCAGAAACCAGCACCAAAUCUAAAAAACAAACAUCUUUGAUGAGCUUUUUUCAAAAACGUUAA